CACCCCGCUGCGCGCAUGGAUAUCUUCAUUAAAAGUGCUGCGGUGUCAGGUGUUCUGCUGUCUAGUUAUUUGAUCGCAAACUCGAGUCCACCGAAGCAGCGUGGGGAGAUGGCGUCGCGGCGGACGAAAAACACAAGAAGCGUGCAGAGUAAAGAAGAGCUGAGCCGGGAAAUGCGGCGCAGCAAGCUGGCACUAUUCAUCCAACAGUUUGAGAAAGAAGCCCAAGAGCGCGUAAACGAGAUGGAGGCCAAAAUGGAGAACACGCUGGCCACAGUGGAAAAAGUAUUCAAAGUGGAGCUGAUGAAGAUGCCUCCUUCUCUUCAAAACACCCUCAUAGGGGAUUUAAUAAGCGAGGAGGAAUUCGUAGCCAGUGAGGAAUCAAUAGCCAGUAAGAAUGAGUGUGGUGAGGUACCCCAGCCCCGCAAACAGAUAACCAGUAAAAGAGCUAAACCCACUGAUUCAACAGACCAGUCUGCCCCAACCCACAGGGUCUCAUCCAAAACCUCAAAGGGAGUGAAGGAGACUAAAAGGACGAGGACAUUAGUUUGUAGUAACAGCACUGGAAAUCUCAUCAAACCCUCCUCAGUCAUAACCAAGAGAACUCGCCGCUUGGCAAGUUGCAAGACCAACGACCCGUCCCCGCUGAGCCAGUCCAGACUUAAACUCAGGUCUGUGGUCUCUGCUGGUGAUCUGCACUGUUCUACAGCAGGCUCUACUGCACAUAUCGCUGUAACCACAGCACAGGGGCUGAUGGUGAGCUUUUCUGAAGAGACUAAAGAUGACAUUAACUGGGACAUGCUGGAUGACGUGGCGCGGUGCCAGAUUAAGAAGCUCUCGAGUCUGAUAGAUUAUCUGUCACAGCGGAGUGGCUGCGAUAGAUGACCGAAGAAACCCAAAUAUCCCCGUGUCCAGGAUGUCUGUCCAGAUGGAGCUCAGAAACACAUUUAACUUCAAGAAGUUUCUAUUAUACGUGUUCAGCUGAACAGUGUAUUUACAAUGCAUUUGUGUGGGUUUUAACACUAAUAAUAUAAAGAUUUUAAGUGUUAAUUCAUGACUAAGUGCCAAAUUGUUUGUAUGAUGGUAUUUUAAAUGUGCAGCUGAGGUGUUAGUUUGUUUUUCCUUAAAUGUACCACGUGGAGUAAAUGUUGUGUAAUAGAAACCAAAUGGGGACCAGUGUUAUUGGGUAAUUAACCUAUUUAGGAAUGUCUUUAAAUGCCAUCAGUGUACAGGUUAAACUGAAGGUAGUAUGGGCUAGCCCCUGCCUAGGUAAUGGCUUACACACAUUUCAUGAUAGUAAAACUAAAAGCAAGUAUUAGUCCCCAAUAACUUGAUGCAAACUCUGAACAGAUUUCACACGUUUAUACUGAAGCAAGCACAGGUUUAUUGUUCUAGAUAAAUGAUUUGUAUGAUAAUUGUGGAGAAUGAAAUUGCGCAAUUAAAGUUCAAUAUUCUCAAGUUAAUAAAAUGUACUUUCUUGGUACUGUGGAAUUACAUUUCA